AUGGAGAAGAAAUCAAGAGAAGAAAAGCUUAACCAAGUUUCCAAGGGAAACGUUUGGGAUUGUGGCAGCACCCUAUACGAUUCCUUCGAGCUCAACUCCUUGAAACGCCAAUUGGACACGGCAAUAGCGAAUUCCCCGAAAAACAGAAGAACCCUUUCCAUGUCUCAUUUACCCGAACGUUGUCUCUCGUUUCAAGUUCAUCCACAACCACGACCACAACCACCCAGCAUGUCCAACAACAAGCCUUUCAAGAUCUCUCGAACCUUCCAUAAACUCCUUCGAUUUGUUUUCAAGUCCAGCAACAAAUUAAGGACUUCUAGUUCUUGUUCUAGCUCUAGUUCUUGUUCUUGUUCUAGUUCUAGUUCUACCAUCCCUGGUAAUAAGACUACUUUCCAAGUUGCAGAAAAAUAUUCCAGUAAAGACCGUGUCUACGUUGUUUACGAUAAAUCCGAACCCGUUCUCUCCACAAUUCCCGAACUUCCGGAAUUUGAGGUGGGCCUGCUUUCGCCGGAGAUCAAUUCGUUUGUGAGAAAGUCAGCGUCGGAGAGGUUUAUGCUCACCACCGCUAUCGGUAUUUCGUGUGCGUAA